AGCUUUUAGUUAUUAUUUUUUUUUUUCUGGUUCGUUGCCGCCUUGCACGUUCCUUCUACUUCCUUCUCUCUCCCUCCCAUCUUAUCUCCUAGCCGUAACCCUAACCCUAAUUUUCCCUCCUCCUUCUUCCCCUUUCGAGUUCCGUACCGUCAUCUUCAGAUCUUAUAGAUCCGCAAACUUUCGAUUUCCAAAGCUAUUGCCCUCUCCCCUCGUCCGAUUCAUCGCUCCUUAUCCUGGUUUCUUCGUUUCCGGAAACGAAAUUGAUCAUUGAAUCCGUCUCCUCAUCGGAUAGCUUCGAGUUUUACAGAUUUGGAUACGUGAUUCUAGUGGAAUCGUGCUUGGUCUCAGAUCUAAUCAUUAUUCUCCAUUGGAUGCAAUCUUUGGGUAUUGAGUCAUGGGAGAAGAAGAAGGAGCAGUUUCUCUGGAAGGAGCCGUGCUGAAAAGGGAGCGACUUUGCGUCCAAGGAGAAGAAGAGUCUCCCAACAAGAAACAAGCCAAGGAGCCUUCCAACGACGACGUCGUAUCGGAGAUUUCGAACCCCGUCUCUUCUCCCGUGGAAAACACCUCCCGGUUCCACCCGGUUAAAUCCGGUUCUGGUGAGGACUUUGGGUCCGAAGAGACUGUGAGCGACGAAGAACAACCGUCGGAGCAGUUUGUGCUGGAGAUUCCGAAGCAUCUUAGCUCCACGGGAGUCACGAGGAUCACGUUUAAGUUGAGUAAACAAAAGAAGGAGUUUGAUGGUUUGCCUGCGGUUAAGGAUGAUCAUGCAUGGGAUCCGAAGUUGCCGAAGAAGAAGGUUGUUGCUUCUACUAGCAGCUACCCGUCUAAUGUGAAGAAGCUUUUGGCGACGGGUAUGCUCGACGGUGCUCCGGUCAAGUAUAUUUCACUCCCGCGAGUGAGAGAGCUUCAGGGGGUAAUCCAUUCCGGUGGCUACUUGUGUGGCUGUACCAAUUGCAAUUUCUCCAAACAAAGGGUUCUAAGUGCGUAUGAGUUUGAGCUGCACGCUGGUGCGAAAACUAAGCAUCCUAAUAAUCAUAUAUUUCUGGAGAACGGAAGGGCGGUUUAUAGCAUAGUUCAAGAGCUGAAGACUGCUCCUCACUGUGUUUUCGAGGAUGUGAUAAGGAAUGUAGCUGGUUCUGCUCUGUGUGAGGAGGGCUUACAAGCUUGGAAAGCAAGUUUCCAACAGAGUAUUUCUGACAGGAACCGUAUCAUCGAACAUUCCCCUGUCAGUUAUAAUGGUCAAUCUCAUGAUGAAAGUCAGAGCCUUACUCCAUACUCUCUGGAAAAUCAUUAUUAUCGAGAGAAAACAUAUGAAACAGACGCGUUAUAUGAGCCGAAACGGAUAGCAAAGAAGAAGAUUACUUCUCAUGUAUCUGGUACGGGUUGCCAUAAGAAAGUUACCGAAGGAAGCAAUAGAAAAAGGGACAAUGAUUUACACCGGUUGGUGUUUAUGCCCAAUGGGUUACCUGACGGGACUGAAUUGGCCUACUAUGUGAAAACGCAGAAACUACUAGCGGGUUACAAGCAAGGAAAUGGUAUAGUAUGUAGCUGCUGCAACAGAGAGAUUAGUCCUUCGCAAUUCGAAGCACAUGCUGGAAUGGCUGGUAGACGACAACCCUAUCGUCAUAUCUUUAUCUCUUCCGGACUGUCUUUGCAUGAUAUAGCCUUGUCGUUGGCAAAUGGACAAAUCAUCACAACCGGUGACAGUGAUGACAUGUGUUCUAUAUGUGGGGAUGGUGGAGAUUUGCUGCUUUGUGCUGGGUGCCCUCAAGCAUUCCAUACUGCUUGUUUAAAAUUUCAGUCUAUGCCUGAAGGUACAUGGUACUGUUCGAGCUGCAGUGAUGGAUCUGUAUCUAGUAAAAAGGCUACUGCUAAUGGUCCUUCUGGGAACUCUAAGCCUAUACUAAUAAGACUGUCUAGAGUCGUUAAAGCUCCAGAAAGCGAAAUUGGAGGCUGCGUGUUCUGCAGGUCCCAUGAUUUUAGCAUCGGAAGAUUUGAUGAAAGGACUGUCAUUCUAUGUGACCAGUGUGAGAAAGAGUACCAUGUUGGUUGUCUGAGAGAGAAUGGGCUCUGUGAUUUAAAAGAAAUACCGCAAGAGAAAUGGUUCUGCUGUAACGGCUGCAGCAGGAUUCACACGGCAGUUCAGAGUUCUGUUUCAUGUGGGCCACAAACUAUUCCUGGACCUUUGUCAGACAUGAUACGCAGAAAGGACAGAGAAAAAGGAAUAAUUACGGAGGAUGGGGAUACAGUCGAAUGGAGGAUACUUAGUGGAAAAAGUCGGUACCCAGAGCAUCUGCCUUUACUUUCACGAGCGGCUGUUAUCUUCAGGGAAUGUUUUGAUCCCAUUGUUGCGAAGUCUGGUCGUGAUCUCAUUCCUGUCAUGGUGUAUGGGAGAAAUAUAUCAGGUCAGGAGUUUGGAGGAAUGUACUGUUUGGUCCUGAUUGUAAAUUCUCUUGUUGUGUCUGCUGCGCUGCUGAGAAUUUUUGGUCAGCAAGUUGCUGAACUUCCUAUGGUAGCCACAAGCAGAGAGUACCAAGGAAGGGGCUACUUCCAAGGGCUGUUUGCUUGUGUGGAGAAUCUUCUUUCUUCUCUAAAUGUUGAGAACCUGGUGCUUCCAGCAGCUGAAGAAGCCGAGUCUAUAUGGACAAAUAAGUUUGGCUUUACAAAGAUGACUGAGCAGCAAUUGCAGAGUUACCAAAAGGAAGUGCAGCUUACAGUCUUCAAAGGAACCUCAAUGCUGGAGAAGAAAGUACCAAAGAGUUUAUCAGAAUCAACAACUCUCAUCUGAUCUUCAAAGAGAUUCGUCUGGAUUUUAUUGUUCGAUCUUUCCUCUUCUUUUAUUUUUUUUUUUGGUGAUCUGCCCUUAUGUGUAGGGCUUUUGAUUUCUUUCUGUAAUGUUUUGAAAAUAGAUUGUAGGUUGACAAAGGAGUUCUCAGAACAGUUCCAGGAUUGUAAAAAGACCAUAGAAAACAAAAAAAUAAAUAAAUAGAACGGUCAUAUGGAUUUGUAGA